UUCGAGAUGUACUAAAGAGUAUGAUAUAUCAACAAAUGUUAAUGAUGUCAUUUCCAUUUUACUUUACUGAAAUUGUUUUUUCAGAGAACAGGUAUGCAUCUAUGGUUCUUUGAUGCAAAGAAUGUAUUGCUAAAUUUCAUUAUGGGAUUCAACCGAUGAAAGACGAAUGGAGUGAAUGAAUUCAUGAUUGGCGAAAACCUAAAAUGAUUUAUUCACGUCGACAAGUUCUGUCGUUGGUGAUCUUUUUACUGAGUGAAGUCACAUUAGCGCAAGAUCCGUGUCUUGAUGGGAACUUCCGUGAGAUUGAUAACGUGGCUAAACGAUCACCAUCCUAUGAUGAGGACUACACAUUGCCUUGUGAUAUGUACUUGAUUGAGGGUUGGUACGGAUCCAAAUCUCACGUAAUGUCUACGUCACCACCAUUGCUUCAAAAAUGUGGCACAUUAUAUCCAGUUUGGCUGAAAGACCCUACAUCCCCUGAUGGAAUCAUACAGAAUUUAACCGCAUGUCAAGUGGGGUUUUCGGAUGAAUGUUCCAACGCUUUUAAAAUAGAAGUGAAAAACUGCACUGGUUUUCUAGUGUACAAGCUAAAACCGCUUAGUAGUUGCACUUCUGCAUACUGCUUUGAGCUUGACGACAGUUGUGUUAAUAAGACGGUUAACAACAUUCGCGUUUCUUUCCAUAAUUUAACGUGGACGGAAAAAGAGAAAGAAAAUAGUCCGGGUGUUUUUCAAUACGACCCCUCUGUAAACCUGAUUUGUUCCUUUACCCCUUCUGAUGAUGACACCCUGCUCUACCACAUUGACUGGUACGUCGAUAACGAGACUGUGAUCCAAGGACAGACCGUCGACAAGUCGUCAUUAAAUGACGCCAUUCUCUCCGCAGCAGAUCUAAACAAGGCGGGAAAAAAGAUCAAUUCUUGGAUUCACUGCAUGGUUGGAAUAAAAGCGUCCAAAAACAAGUUUCCGUGUGUAACAAAAUCUAGUGAACUAUUUUUUGCAGGAAUAGAGCUUUUAAAUCGCACUGUCACUAUUGAGAGGAAAGGAACAGUGACCUUAAUGCUUCGCCCUACUAUUCCAUUUGCAUCAGAAACUAUCCAGCGACAAGACGGCAUGCAAUCUACAUCACCGUUAAACAUUCAGCUGUCAUUUCCCGGGAACACUGAAGCGAAAUGCCAACAAAGCACUAGUGGUAGUUUAAGAAAAUGUUCUGUGCCUAUAGAAAGUUUUAAAUACGGUGAGCGUCAGCGGUAUAAAGAUAAGACCAAUUGGAACAAGAUCUAUACCAUGGAAAUAUCUAAUUCAGAUAACGAUGGUUAUUACAUGCAGGAUCAUAAGCUCGUGUUGCGGCUAGAAACAAACAGCCCAAACGGCGAUGGUGCCCAGAUAUUUUCAGAUGCUGUGUUCCGUGACGUGCACAUAAAUGUUGUAGACAAAGAGGAGGCCUGGAAGGGGAAACGCUGUAGUUCAUAUGCGGACCCACAUCAAACAACAUUCGACGGAUACAAUUAUGAAUGCCAAGCAACAGGAUGCGAAACUAAGAAGACAUAUAUAUUUUAUAGCAACGAUUUCCAUUUACAAGAGGUACAAGUCCGGCAUAGCAUAUGCUGGAGUACAGCUCGCUGCGUCUGCGCAGUGGCGGCUAGAUCGGGACAGGAUGUGUUCACAAUUGAUGUUUGUAAUCAAAGACAGUUUAUCAACUUUCCAAUUUGCAACGAAAAUUCACUGAAAGUUAUCAAAGAAACUGACAAAGUGUAUAAGAUAAUAUUCCCAACAGGAACGUAUGUUAAGGUUUUCAUCUUUAAUUAUGGAAGCUCUAGUUGGUAUCUAAACGUAGAAGUUUACCCCACGGUUUCUGAUGUUGAUAGAACGUCUGGACUGUGUGGAGUACUGGACAAUGAUAGGACUAAUGACCUCCGCCGUAGGGACGGUACCCAGGACAAUAUACAGUCCUACAGCUACAGUUACCCACCGGAUGAUUUCUCCUUGUCAUGGCAACUUCCUGAAGGUAGUAAUGAAGAUCUUCUAUCCAUGUCACAGACUGUGUUUGAUCAGUUGACACCACUUUCCUCAUAUUUUUACAAACUUUGCACCUGCGAUGAAGAGAGGACAUACUGUAGCUACAAGCAAUACACAGAAUGCAAAACAGGAAUUAAAGGUAAAGAGUUUCACUGUGUAUUGCAUAGCAGCUCAAGGAGGAAAAGAGACUUGAAGUUUCUCACCCAAAUUCCCGGGAACAUUAAUAAGAAUAUGGAAGAAGAACCACGAGUCAAAAGAGCGGCAUAUAGCGAAGUGGAUGCAUAUAGGAUUUGUAAAAGCGCAUUUGAAAUGUCAACAUACUACGGCACGUGCCUAAAUGUCGUUCCCAACUUCAACAAUGAAACCUUAGUCAACUGCAUGAAUGAUCUUGUUAUGACUAGAAACCCUAAUCUGACACAGUUACACCUGGAUACUGCCCUUGGACAAUGCCAGACCUAUAUCCUGCUGAAUUCGACACUAGAAAGAGAACAACCCGAUGUCACUAAGGUGAUCGUGAAUUUAUGUCCUAACAACUGUAGCAACAAAGGUGUAUGUUCAUCAGGGAACUGUACCUGUGAUUAUGGGUUCGGAGGAAGCGACUGUUCCUUUGACGUGUUAUCUCCUCCGACAAUAAACAAAUUAUCCGGUGAUGGUGUUUGUGACAAAUCGUCGGAACCUUGUGAGGACAGCACUGGUUACGGGUACUACUUCUUGGAGAAUAUGGGAACAACUUGCCAUGUGACCAGGGAAGAGAUAGAUGAAAACAAUACUGUAACAUCACAGACCUCGUACACAGUAGAAUUACAGGAGAGGACCCUUUAUGAAGGAUUCUGUAGUCUUGAAUACGGUCCAGAAUCUUCGUUUUACACUACUUUCCAUUUCAAUCUGUCUAAUGAUGGAACUCAAUUCUCGCCUCUGUAUACUGUUUACGUAUACCAAUCUGCAUGUCAGACGUUUCAAAACAUUUCUGGAAGCAUCAGAGUUACCCUUCAGAACGGUUACUGUUACAUAAAUGGAACCUGCGUACGAAGUGGAACGUUCAAAAAGAAAGAAAGCUGUUGGCGAUGUUUGUCCGCGUCAAAUGUCUAUGAUUGGACAUGGGACUGUAAAGAAGCAGAAACAACUACAACUAGGAGUAGAUCUAAUGAGGAAAAAACAAACAAACAAAACACGAAGGAGGAAGAUGUCUCACUUACCGGCAAAAUUCUAAUCGCUGCAAUUGUCAUCGUCGUUUUUGCGAUUUGGGUGGUAAUUGGAUGCAUGAUCAAACAGAAAUAUUACAAUAAAAAAAGUGAUGAUCAUUCAGUUCUUGUCGCUCCCAACAAGGAUGAAGUGAACAUUUACCCAGACAGUGACAGACUUAUGGCUACCAGAGGCAACUUUCACCCCGCAGACUUAUUCCAAUUUGAUUCACCAGCCGAAAAGUUUUCAAGACCACCGUCAGCAACCUCAACGAGACAACUGCCAUCUACGAAUGAUUUCAUGACAUUAUAUGACAAGAAACACCUCGACAAACUUUUUGGUGUGAAUGGACAUUGAUAAUUUUUGGAUGCAUGAAAAUGCGUUUCUAAUAUGAAACUAUCCCGAGUUAUAAAAUUGUGUGUUAAACAUUGAAUAUACGUCAUUUUUCACAUUAUCAUUCAAGUUGUUAAAAAUAUAUGGAAAAAACAUCAACAAGCUAUUUGUUUGAUGUGUCUGACGGAUAGGAGAUUUACCAGAUGUUUAUCACUGUAAUACAACGUGUUUUUAGUGGACGGAAAAAAUUAAUCUCGGAUAAUUUAUCUUUUCACAAAAAGGUCGAGAAAAUUAAGAAUUUUGUUCAGUUGCUCUAAGAGCAAAUUUAGAUAGAGAUUACAGUUUAUUUUUCAAUUUUAACCAAUAAACUGCUGUUCUAAAUAGAGAUAUAAUUAUAAUUUGUCUAUACUCCAACACAUAUUAAUAUAAACAAAAGCAUGGUUCAAUAUACAUGAAGCCAUUUUUACGUGACCCCGUCUAUUAGUUUACUGUCAGCCGAAGUCUCAAACCGGAAGGCACGCGUAGAAAACAUGAAUUGAGUCUGCGCGUAAGAAAAUAGUGCAAAAAGUUUUCAUGCAUUUCAGUAAAAAAGUAUUAUAAAAACACGCAUUAAAUCUGUUUAAGUCCUCUGUGUAUAAACCAAAUUUUAUUUAGAAAAUAAACAAAUAGUUUUAUUGAUCAUAAUAUUCUUGCUCGGGUUCAAAUGUGGAAUGAGUUACGUAACUGAAUGCACAACGCCGUUGACGAUUCAGUUGGUGUACAAGCUAAUUAAUCAGUAAAAGAAGUUGAAGGUUGAAUCGAAAGUAAAGUUCCCAAACGCAAUGUGCCAUUUUUGAAAAGUCGUGAAUUUUAUUUUGACAAUCUUUCACCUGAAUACUACCGAACUUCAUGCGCAAGCCAAAGUUAAAAUCAGGACGGAUUAUACAAAGAUGGCUUACAUAUUAAAAAAUGUCUUACAUAUUAAAUAAGUGUUUCAUUGGCUUCCAGUCUACUUGCGGUAUGACUGCUGUUCGUUUCUGGAGGAAUUUUGUACAUAGAAAAUAAAAACAAGUCUGAAUUUC